ACCCCAACUCGAAAAUAAGCUGCGGUGCGGCGCCAUUGUGAUUUUUGGCGACAAAACAAUGGCGACUGGUUUUCGCGGCAAUGGUAGUAGCAGUUGCAAGUACAAGUGCGACACUGCUGCUAAUACUCUGCAAUGGAUAAAGGCCAUCGCUGAUUUUAUCAAACCUUACUCGUUCUUGAUCAAUGCUCCCGUCGUCAAUUUCUUUAAGGAUAGACUAUGGGAAGCUGUUGAUGAGGAAUGGAUGGAGUGCUUGCGCAAAGAGCCUGUGGGAAAUCUGCUCCUAAUUCCUUCUGGAGUUGUCCAGGAAAACUGGCCAGAUUCACUAAAGAAAUUUAUCCGUACUUCGGGAUCUCUUGCCUUCCAACGCGAACAAGCGGACUUGCAGAUGGUUCUUCCUGGUUGGUGCAUGGCUUCACUUAACACUGUUCUUUCUCAAGGCAUGAAUCAGAAGAAAAAACAUGAAGUUGAAGUCCUUUCCGCCAUUAUUAGUUUGAUUGCAAGUGACCUGAAAAGUCGUGCAAUUGUUGAUGUUGGUGCUGGUCAGGUAACUCUUACUUCCAUUACUAUGUGCAAGAUGGCUCAAGUGCUCUCCUUCCACUACAAGCAUUCUGUUCUUGCAAUUGAUGCUUGUUCCCAUCAUGGAAAUGUGACAAGCGCACGUUCAGCACGGAUUAAGAAGUAUUACUUAGCUCAGAUUCGUAAAUCUGGGUUGGAAGCCAAAAAUUUGAGACUGCCGAAGGCAAUGACAUUUCAUGUGUUGUCCGUUGAUGCAUUAAAAUCCCUUGCUAACAUGUCGCUACAAGACGAUCAUGUUGAGAAGACAAGUAUGACCGGUGAUGAUCAAGAGAAAGCCAAUCGGCAGGAGUCAAAGUGUUUGGCUUUGUGCAAUUCAGACAAAGAGCCUUCAUUAGUUCUUGCUGGUCUUCAUGCUUGUGGUGAUCUUUCAGUGAUAAUGCUUAGGACUUUUGUAGAGUGCAAGGACGUAAAAGCAGUCAUUAAUAUUGGUUGCUGUUACAACCUUCUCACGGAGAAUGGAUCUGACAAUGAAGGUGUCCAAAAUGGAUUUCCAAUGAGCUUCGGUGUCAAAUCUUCUGGCUUGUCUCUUGGGAAAAGUGGCAGAGACCUUGCAUGUCAGAGUGCAGAAAGAUGGAGGAGUUUGGAAAAUGAAGGUGGUCUCCAUAAUUUUGAGUUGCAUGCUUUCCGUGCUGCUUUCCAAAUGGUACUCUAUAAAUAUUAUCCAGAAGUGGUUGCAACUUGUCCAUCUGUUGGGCGUCAAGGCAAGGCAUUGCGUCGUCUCAAGAAAAGGGAGGGUACAGUAUCGUCACGGUGUCAGGAAGAUAAGCUUGAGGCAUCACAAUCAGAUCUUAUUGGGGGGUUGCCAGUCAACAACAAUGCUUUUUCUCAUACCAUUCCGGACCAUGGGAGUACACCAUGUGAACAGUCCAAAUCUGUUGACAGAUAUCCUCUUUUUGAAAAUUUCUGUCAAUCUGGAUUAAAUCGCCUUGGACUUCAAUCUUUGCAGGAUAUGGAUUACUAUGGAAUAUGGAUGGACACUGAGCCUUAUACAGAACUCAUUGGGCCUUACUGGUCUCUUCGAGCUGCUCUAGGCCCAGUAUUGGAAACAUGUAUUCUGCUUGACAGAUUACAAUUUCUCCAGGAGCAAGGUGGAUCCCUUGAAGCCAUAUUGCUACCUAUUUUUGACCCGGAUUUAUCUCCGAGGAAUGUGGCUAUAAUCGCUAGGAAAGUCGGUGCAACUGUGCCAAACAGGAACGAACGGCGAUAAGGAGCAGAGAAACUCAAAACGUCUGAAUGAAGUUGACACCACCAUGAACUGCAAUUCAGAAACUGCUGCUCUCUGUCUUUUUAUGGAAUCAAAGAAAAGGUUGCUAUCAGUAAAAAGGUCGGGAUUUUUGUCAACCCUAAGGGUUAAGGGUGCCUUUCGAGAGUUCACAAGUUCGAGUUGGAGUGCAAUUGGAUUGACUACUUUAAAUGAGGACUUUACCCUUAGUAAUAGGUUGUUAGAUUGAGACGAUGUGAUAAACAGUCAUCCACGGAGACCUUAAACCUUCAUAUAGUCUUGACAUUGGUGUUGGAAAAGGAAUAGGAUGUCGUCAACAAGCAAAAGGUCGAAGUUAGUAUCAACAACAGAUUUUCUUAUGGGAUAGCUCAUGAUGUUCAUAUCGAUAUAUUAUGUCGUUAUGUUGUGCUCACCGAAGUAGGUAUUGUCAUCUGAUCAUUCAUUGGUUUAUUGGGACAAAUGAAGGGCAAUGACACAAAAUGUAUGACACAACGUAAAUAUUUCUUCAUAUUCAGGUAAAACUUAUCAAAUGCUUACUCUUGAUUAAAUAUAGAAACAAACUCUUCAUUUAAGGUUGACUUGGAUCGAGACUCUUCAACUCAACCUCAAUUCCAACUUGUUCACUCGAUAAAUUAAGAUGGGUAUUAUUUUCUCAUUCUGUGUCCAUUUUAUUCAUUCAUGACACCAUCAAAUAAUUUGUUUCUAACUAGAGCUUCUUUGAUAAGCCUUAGUUGACAACCAAUAAACAUGCCAUUCUCAAAAACAUUUUCAAGCUCAAAUACAAAGAUAUUUUGGCAUCUCUUCUCAAGCAUAGACUUCAUAUUUAAGUCAUUGCCAAAGACUCUCAAAUGCCAAUGCCCACUCUUACAACGUUUUAUGUUUUCCUAUAAAUUUUUUUUCCAUCCUUGUUGAACGAAUAAGAAAAUAAGAUGAAAAGUAUAAAAGCUUGAAAUUUAAAGCACAUGACAUUUCUAAAAGGUCGGCAAGAAAAUUAGGUUUCUUAUAAUAUUUUUUAUUUUAUUCCUUUCAAUAUUCUAAAAAUAUUUUUAUCUAAUUAAAAAUUCAAUCGUUUUUUCCCCUAAAUGUAUUGGUAUUUUCCCCUUUUUUUUAAAUAAUUGGUUCUUACAGAUGAACUAAUUAUUUAUUACAUCAUGGCUAAUUCAACGCACAAUUUAGUGAUUAAAGACACUAAUUAUUCAUCCUAUCCUACUAUUGUUGAAUUUAUAAAGUUUAUUUAUUACAAGUGAAUUGAUAAUGAUGCAUACAAAAUCAAUUAAAUUAAUUUAAAUAAUGGAUGGAUAAUUAUGAAUUCUUCUCAACUUGGUUUUUUUUCUUUCCUUUUCCUAUUAAAUUAGUACAUAUUGAAAUUUUACAAAAUAGGCAAGAGAGAGAUUAUAAGGGCAGCCAUGAAGAGUUAGCAGCCAGAAAUUGAGGUACCGAGCGAUCAAGAGGUAGAAUUAAUUAUUUGGUGAAGAACAAGGUUAAUUUGAAGCAAUUUGGAGUUGAUUUGAACAUCCGGACUUCAAAGAAGUUGAAAUUACCAAUAUGCCAUCGAGUUCUACCGAGUAUGACAACCAUUGAGUAUCAUUGAGUGUCAUCGAGUAAAAGGCUGUCGAGUAAUCAUGAAAAUGCUACCGAAUAAAUGAGCGUGAGUUUCUGACAGAAUGCUCAACGUUGCAACACUGUUCCAAGCGUCACGACGCUUCAAUUAUUCAAUGUCGUCACCGUUGCAACGUUUCCCUGACGCUCGUGACCUUUCCUGUCAAGCGUUGCAACGUUGUUUCUAGCUUGCAACGUUGCAAUGAUUUCUAUAAAUACUCCUCUUCGGUCCUAGGUCAAAACAAGCUGAACUUUGGAGGCCGAAGUAAGACCUCAAUCUUCUUCCUUUCCCUUUAGAUUUUAGUAUCAUUAGGUUAGUUUUUAUUUUAUUUUUCAGAUUAUGGACGUGUUUUGGAUUGUAUCCCAUCGAUUUGUCUAUGAAUCAAUGAGGUAAUCUUUCGUUUA